AUGAAGUUGAGAAUAUCUGAGGACAAAUUCUAUCGAGUUGCACCUAAGGAUAAGGGCAAAGAUCUCUUUGAAGGAGAAAGACAAUUCAUAGAUGAAGGCGACCGUUCUACUGACCCAAGAAGAGCACGAAGACGACCAUUGAAUGAGAAGGGUGAGAGGGGAAUUAUGCCGACGUGGAAAUAUUCCGAGAGACAGAAGGCAAAGGCUUUGCUGGUUGAGGAGGCAUAUCAAAGUCUACUCAGUCAGGGAGUUGAGGGUUUACCACCAACAAUGGGAGGUAGAUGGAGAACUGAUGAUCCUCAAGUUAAUGCGGAGAUGAAGAGGCUAGAGAAUAUUAGGAAUCCUAAACGUCCCAGAGGAAGGCCGCCAAAGGCUAAAUCUGAUGCCAAGGUUGCAAUUCCAAAGAAACGUGGAAGACCACCAAAGGCUAAGGUUGACACUGAGGUUGUUAUUCCAAAGAAACGUGGAAGACCAGCAAAGGUUAAGUCUGAGGCUGAGGUUGUGAUUCCAAAGAAACGUGGAAGACCACCAAAGGUUAAGAAGCAAAGUGUCGCGGAGAGGUUUAUGGCUCAAAAGAAAAUAAAACUCUCGAUUCCUGCGGAUAGUGUGAUAACCCAGGUGGGACCUAAUAAGUUCACGGUGACGGUGGAUCUAAACAAAAGACCAACAAGGAAAGCUCCUGAGGUGCCAAAAGGUGUAGCUCCAUGGAGGCCUGUUCCUAAGCCAAGGACAGCGUUCCCUAAAGAAAGACCUGUUCCUAAGCCAAGGACAGUGUUCCCUAAAGAAAGACCUGUUCCUAAGCCUAGAACUAAAAAGCCAGUGCCUCCUCCAAAGUUAAGAAAGCCUGUGAAGGCAACGAAAGAAGUUAAGGAACAGCCCGCAGUGGUCACACCAGAGAAACAUGAGAUUGAUCCAUUUGGAACAUAUCUUGAGAAGCCUUCUCAUAGAAAGAUAGAAACCGCCGCAAAUGGUGCAGCGGUGACUUACUCAAUAACUCCAAACUUUAUGGAUCCCUUGGACCAGAUGACAGCAAGUAGGCAGGUGGUGAGGGGAAUUCUAGUGAAUGAGUUGAGGAGAAUGGGAGGGUUGAAAUAUACGGAGACAAUUAAGGUGAGAAUGUCCAAGGAAAUCGGAAAUGAUAAAACAAAGAAGGAUUCAGUGUACUUUAAGUCAAAAACUGGAACUGCAACUAACUUUGAGGAUAUUGAAAGCACUGCAGCUCAGAACCAACUGACUAUCUUAUCCAGAAUUGAAACUUUCCAGAACUUAGGUUCAAAUUGGAUUAUUCUGAACAUUGAAAGCCAUUACGUUAAUAUUGCAAUGUAUAAACCUCUAAAGGGUAGUUCAUAUAUGAAAUUACCCGCAGACAUUAGCAAUCCAAAAUGUGGUCUUAUAAAUAUGCAAAAUGAUGACAAUAAAUGUUUUAUGUGGAGUCAUGUGAGACAUCUGAGGCCGAAGGCUAGGAGGGCAACUGCUAUAACAAAGCAAGAUAGGGAGUUCGCGGAGAACCUAGACUAUGAGGGUAUUGACUUCCCUGUAAAGAUAAGCGAUAUUGAUAAAAUUGAGAGGAAGAACUCAAUAAGCAUAUCAGUGUUCGGUUAUAAGGGCAAAAAGCAGUUCUACCCAAUCAGGAACUCUAAGACCAAAUAUGACGAACAUAUGGAGUUGCUGCUGUUAGGCGACAACGAAGGUGGUAAUCACUACGUCCUAAUAAAGGAUGUAAAUAGAAUGCUCUUCAGUGUCAGCGGUAACUCAAACAAGAAGCACUUCUGCUUAUAUUGCCUUCAUAGUUGCACUAGUGAGGAAUCACUAAAGAAACAUAGUGAAACGUGUAUCAGCGUAAAUGGAACUCAGGCCACGAAGCUUCCAGAUGAAGGUUCAAAAAUAAAGUUCGGACAUUAUAGAAAUUCAAUGCCUGCUCCAUUUGUAAUCUAUGCUGACUUUGAGUCUAUACUGGUUCCUGAGGAAAGGAAAGUGGAAUCUGAAGGCAUUGAGGAGAAGAGUACAACAGAACUUUACCAAACACAUAAAGCUUGCAGUUUCGGGCUGAAGACAGUGUGUCAUUAUGAUGAUCAGUACUCAGGUGAAUAUGUAAGUUAUGUUGGUGAAGACGCUACAGUGGUCUUCUUGAAGACAGUUCUGAGGGAAUCUAUUAGGUGCCGAGAAAUGGUAAAUAAGAUCUUCAAGAAAAAGAUGGUAAUUACACCAGAACAAGAAGCUGAGUUCUGGAUGACAAGGAACUGCUCCAUCUGUGGUUGCGACUUAGGUGAUGACAGAGUUAGGGACCAUGAUCACGUAACUGGACUGUUCCGUGGAGCUGCUCAUAAUAUGUGUAAUUUGAAAUAUAGAAUUACAUGGAAACUUCCAGUGGUCUUCCAUAAUCUAAGAGGUUAUGAUAGUCAUUUAAUAAUGCAGGAGAUUGGCAAGUUCAAGAUGAAUAUUAACGUAAUUCCAAAUAACAUGGAAAAGUACAUUUCCUUCUCGUUAGGUAAAAGUCUUGUGUUUAUUGAUUCAAUUCAAUUCAUGGCUUCUUCUCUAGAGGCACUUGUGAAUAACCUUUCACCUGAAGACUUCAAGAUAGUCGGUAAGAGGUGGCAAGGAGAGGACUUCGAUCUUGUAAGACAGAAAGGAAUAUUUCCCUAUGAAUACUUAGAUGACAUCAGCAAACUAGACUCUGAGGGGCUUCCAAGUAAAGACAAGUUCUAUUCAUCUCUGUAUGAAUCUGAAGUGAAAGAUGAAGAUUACGAAAGAGCUCAAAAAGUUUGGGAUCACUUUGGAAUGAAAACAAUGAGAGACUACCAUGAUCUUUAUCUUGAGACUGACGUUCUUCUGCUAGCGGAUGUCUUUGAGAAUUUCAGGAAGACCUGCCUGGAGAAUUACAAGCUUGACCCUGCUCAUUACAUCUCAGCACCCAGUCUAAGUUGGGACGCGUUCUUAAAACAGUCAGGUGAGGAAAUAGAAUUGGUAAGUGAUAUGGACAUGUUCCAAUUCUUUGAGAAGGGAAUGAGAGGUGGGGUAAGUCAUAUUGCUCAUAGACACUCCACGGCGAAUAAUAAGUACAUGGAAACGUAUGACGAAGAAGCUGAAAACAAGUUCCUUAUGUACCUCGAUGCCAACAAUUUAUAUGGCUGGGCGAUGUCUCAACCUCUUCCGAAUGGUGAGUUUGAGUGGAUUGAGGAAGUUGACAAAAUAAAUAUUGAUGACUAUUUGGGAGACAGUGGAAGAGGAAUGGUUCUUGAAGUUGAUAUGGAAUAUCCUGCAGAACUUCAUGAUGAACAUAAUGGAUAUCCUCUAGCUCCAGAAAGCAAGGAAAUUGAUGUGUCAAUGUUAUCAGAUUAUGCGAAGGAUAUUGCCGAUAAAUUCCAGCUGAAGAUUGGAGGUGUAAGGAAAUUAGUGAACUCCUUAGGUCCCAGGAAGAAUUACGUUCUACAUGUUAGGAAUCUGAAACUGUAUACGGAACUCGGAAUGAAACUUACGAAAAUCCACAGAGCUGUCUCCUUCAAGCAGUCAACUUGGCUGAAACAGUACAUUGACUUUAAUACUCAAAAACGAUCAGCUGCUAAGAAUGCGUUUGAGAAGAACUUCUUCAAGCUCAUGAAUAAUUCCAUUUAUGGAAAGACUAUGGAGAACCUAAGGAAAAGAGUUGAUGUGAAGCUGGUGUCGUCGGAAAACGAUCUCCUUAAACUGACAGCGUCUCCGUGCUUCCAGUCACAUAGGAUUAUGAAUGAGAGCCUGAUCGUGGUAAAGAGAAUGAAGGAAGUCCUGACUCUGAAUAAGCCGUGCUACGUGGGAAUGAGUAUCUUAGAUUUGUCUAAGACUCUAAUGUACGACUUCCAUUACAACACGAUCAAAAAGGAGUACGGUGACAAGUCGAAGCUCCUUUUCACAGACACUGACAGUCUAAUGUAUGAGAUCAAGACUGAUGACGUGUACGAGGACUUCAAGAGGAUCGGUGAAGAGAAAGAUUGUUGGGACAACUCAGAUUAUCCUAAAGAUUCUCCGUAUUACUCAGCUCAUAACAAGAAGGUAAUUGGAAAGUUUAAGGACGAAGCUGAGGGAGUGCCGGUGAUUGAAUUCGUAGGGUUAAGGUCAAAGAUGUACUCUUACGUGAAGGAGAGUGGUGGAGGUGGAAUGACAGCUAAAGGUGUGAAAAAGUACGUGAUCAGAAACAAACUCACUCACGAAAACUUUAAGAACGUGAUUAAGACUAAAGGUAGGAUGAGGCAUAAGAUGAACACAAUCAGAAGCAUCAAGCAUAAGAUUGGAACCUACCAGCUAAAGAAAAUUACACUUAGCUGUUUCGAUGACAAACGGUACUUACUUGAAGAUGGUGUUACAAGUUACGCGUACGGACAUCACUCAAUAGGAGAUCUAAAGGCUGAGGUGGUGAUUGAAGAAAAAGUGGAACCGAGCUGUGUACUAGAAAGGGUUGAACCUCAGAGUGAAUACUACAAACUCGAGGAAGCAGUAGAAUUCUACGAAAGCCCCUUCUGGGAAGACUCAGCGUUAGUUGAAGAAAAACCUAUUCCUAGACCAGAAUAUAAAGUAGUGAUUCCACGAAGAAGAUCAAAGUUCAAAAAACUAUUACCGUUAAGGAUACUCGUACCUGAUGAGAAUCACCUAAGGAAAAACUACGACAUACUACCAAAAGACGAAAAGGAAACUCUGAAAGCAGUGCUGCAAGAGAAGCUCAAAUCAUUAGGUGUCGCUGUGGCUAGAACUCCUGGAAGUAAAAAGCUUACACAAAUUGGAUACUAGAGAAUUUAAUAGGAAUAAAAUAAAUGAUCUAAAAGUAAAAUAAAAGUGGUCUAGAAAAAUGAGGUAAAAAAAGAUCAGAAAAAUGGUCUAGAAAAAUGAGGUAAAAAAAAACAAAGAAAAAAUGGUCUAGAAAAAUAUGAGCCCGCGUUUCUGGGGAAAAUAUGGAAACCGCUGACCGGAAGUUGGGUGAGAUCGCGGGCCGAAAAAGUGGUCUAGAACCCUCAUUCCCUAUACUACUAAUGUCUUUAUCUGCGACCAUUCAUCCUUAAUUAGUUGCAAGCGACAGUAAUGGCAACUGCAAACAAUUUCAUUUUCAAUUUAAUAUCAAUUUUUUGAUGCCUGAACAAAAUUCAAAAUGUGCCUGCAAAAACGGAUUUUGUGACCUAAAUAGUGUUAAAUGUCAGUAUUUUAAAAUGUUCCUGCAAAAAUUCAAAAGGUGGCUGCCAGUGGCCCUCACACAAUUUAAUGCCUGUUAGUGGUUACCGAAAAAUCAAACGCACAACCUUUGCUUUACCAACUGAGCUACAAGGUCAGUUCUGUUUAAAUAAGUGAUACAGUGAAUUUUGCCAAGUUUAUACUAGACAUGUCUAUACAAUAGUUUUGUUUGUGGAAACACCACGUAAAUUUAUUACUGCAGUAAUAAAUUUACGUGGUGUUUCCACAAACAAAAUUAUUAUAUGUUUUAUCGCCAUGCAAACAUACAAAGAACUUAUGUCUAUACAAGUUCUAUACUAUAGAUGUCUAUUUGUAUGUCAUGUCAUAGAUAGCCACUCUCUUUUGUUCCUCAACCAAUCACUUUUUGUGACUUAGUGAUCUCAAGCAAGCACAUUUCCCAUUAACUGGAGACAAUUGUUCCCAUUUUGUCCCAGGGUAUGCCUGAGAAGGGGGAAUUGGUCUUUUAUAUAUCAAUAUUUAGAAAUUAUCCUUCAAUAUUAUUAUAUAUAUUAUGAACUGGUCAAACACUAAUCACUUUUGUUUCAGAGAAAACCAAUCAGAAAAGGUGUUCAUAUUAAGUAUGUAGUUUAUACAAAGAUUACUUGAUUAUUUACAGUGCAAGAUUACCCGCUUUUCCGACUUAACCAGCCACCAAUGCCACCAAGCACUUCAUAGUAGUAUUAAAGUAGACUCUUUCCAUUUGUAUAAAUUAAUAAUAACUGUGCUCUUAAUACGGCGUUUCCUCAGUCUGUCAUUCUACGUUAAAAAUUGCUUUUACGUUGAAAUUAACAGCAAAGCUCUCCUCUCCAUACACAUCCAAUUUCCAGACAGUGAAUCGCUUAUAAACGAUCAAUAACCAUGCGUUCUUUUGCGUUCUGACAAAUUUGUGUACAUUCACACAACUGUUUACCGAAAAAACCCGAUUAUGCACCGAACUCGUUCCGACAAUUUCGCGCCCAAAAUUUAAAAGCCAAAAUUCAAAACAAAAGCUUUUAAAAACAGAGACAUUUUUAGAGACAAAGAUAGACUUUUCAAAACUUGAAACAAAAUGAAAAAGCUCGUCACAAUGACAUUUUUACAUUUGGUUUUGUAUUUCUUCCUCGUAAUAACUAUUGUUUCCUCGGCGCCACACCGGAAAAUAAGGAGUAAAAUUGGAUGCGCUGUUUGUGGGACAAAAACAAGCAAAAAAUUUUCUAUUGUAGCGAAUUUCCUACAAGAUAUGAGAGCUUGUUUUGGACAAGACUUUAAAGAGACAGGAGUGUUGUGUGUUUCUUGUUCAAGAGCGUUAAGUAGGCACAAGAAGACAGGGAAAACGUAUGAACAUGUAAGUACAUUACUUCAAUUUAUACUUCAACAAAUGUCAACAUACUUUUACCAUAUUAUUUUGGCAAACCUUUAACAACCAACAAAAACAGAUAACAUAUAUUUCAUGAGCCUUUCCUGAGUAAAAUAACUAUAUUCUACUGUACUGUAAUACUGCAUGUUUUUUAUUUUACCUUUUUCUACCACAGAAUAACAAAGUUUUAAAAUUUAAUGUUCAGAAUGUUGUUUCACCUUUUAUUAUUUAAUCUUAUUUAAUCACGGUAGCCUUUCAGAAGUACAUCUGUUUUUCAAAGGGCCGUGAGUUCAUUAAAAUAUUUACAUAAUUGGAGAGAAAAAAAAAAGGAAAUCUAAAAGCGAGAAAAACAGGCCAUUUACAUAAACUAUUUACAUGGAUGCAAUUAAUUACACUAUAGAUUAGGACCAAUGGAUUAGGACAUACGUUUUAUGACAUUCUUAAAGGGGUUGACAGAGACAUCUUCUAUUAAUGCUUGAUCAAUAAUAUGAUUAGGUAGGUUAUUCCAACUCAUAGCUCCUCGAUAGGGAAAGCUAUUUUUUAGAAAAUUUGUCUUUGGCUUAGGUAGGUAAAUAUUUCUAUUGUUGCUACGUAAUUGAUAGUUGCCGUUUACGUUCAAGUUAAUUGUCUGCAUUAGGUAGUCGGGCACUAGACCUUUAAGGGCCUUAAAUAUCAUUACAAGGUCGCGCUCGUCUAAGUUGUCUUUUAUAGGUCUCCAGUUUAAGGUUUCAAAAAUGUUAGUUGAUCGUAUGUCGUAACUGGAUCCUGUUAUUACACGAGCAGCCUUUUUCUGUAACUUAUAUAAUUUAUUAAUGUGAUCAGCGCGAAAACCAUGCCACACAGUUGAGCAGUAGGUAAAGUGAGGAAAUACAAGUGAAUUAUACAUUGUAAUUAAAACAUCUUGUGUAACAAAAUCUCUAGCUCUUCUUAACAUUCCGAUACGUGCUGAAAUUGUUUUACAUUGUUUACUGUUAUGUUCUUCCCAUUUUAAUUGUUCAUCUAUAAUUAUGCCUAAGGAUUUUGUGCUUUCAACUCGUCUUAUUUGCUCGCCUGCGAUUGAUAUGUUUGUAGUAUUUGUGCCAAUAGAAUUUAAUUUUUGUCGUGAGCCAAUUAUCAUGUAUUCAGUUUUUUUACGGUUUAAAGUCAGCUUGUUUGCGGUUAACCAUGUGUGAAUUAUUUCUAAAUCGUGAUUCAGUUUACUCUCUAUAUCUGCGGAUGAUAGUCCGUUACAUGAUAGGCUUGUGUCAUCCGCAAACAUUGUGGCGCUUGUUGUUACAAGGCAAUUUGGCAGAUCAUUUAUAUAAAGGAGAAAUAGCAACGGGCCUAGAUUUGUCCCUUGAGGAACUCCGCAGGUAAUUGUUCUUAUAUCCGACAUUUUUUUGUUAAUUUUACAUAUUUGCUGCCUCUUCCUUAAAUAUGACUGAAACCAUUUGUGUGCUGUACCCUUUAUUCCAUAAGCUGUCAAUUUAGAUAAAAGAAUAUUGUGGUCCACCGUAUCGAAUGCUUUUUUUAAGUCUAGGAAUAGUACACCAUUAAUGAGACCUUGGUCCAUGUUUAUUAACCAUUCAUUUGUUAAGCUCAGUAGUGCAGUUUCAGUUGAAUGGAGUGAUCGAAACCCUGACUGGUUUGGUGAUAUGAUACAGUUUUCGUUUAAAUAA